AAGCCCGCGGCUAAAAUAGCAGACCUGGAAACCACUUGAAUUUGGUGCUUUGAAAUCCGAGACAGACAUGAACCCAGAUGCAUGUCGAGUAGUUCCUCCGCCACCGUGAGCCAUUCUAAAGCAUCACCUAUCUCCGCGUGUAUAGCGCCAUUGCGUAGUUACUUCCCGCGGGAGCACAUUAUUUUCUUUCCCGUCGCCGCGCAUUGCCUUCUCGUCGUCGACCCCACCGCCCUCUCCCCCUCCCCCGAUGGUCAUGGACGCGUCGCCGGCGGCUGCCCCCUUGGCGGCGGCGGGCGCGCUGGCGGGUCCGGUGGUGGACGGGGUGAGCGCGCUGGACUGCAGUCCGCAGGGGCUGGCGGCGUUCAGCAGCGGGUGCGCGGUGAGCGUCGUCGACCUCGCCAGCAUGCAGCUCGUGCACACGCUCGUCGCGCCGCCGCCCCUCGCCGACCGCCUUGCGGGCGCGGCGGGGGCGGCGGAGGCGGCGGGCGUGGUGGUGCCGGUGACGGCGGCGCGCUUCAAGCCGGGCGGGCUGGACCGCGACCUGGCGCACCUGUCGUCGCUGCAGCUGGCGGCGGGCGACCGCGCGGGGCGCGUGGCGGUGUGGGAGGUGGUGCGCGAGGAGGUCGACCGCUGGCUGCUGCCCGACCGCGCGCUCGAGCAGGGGGGGGGCGGCGGGGCGGUGGGGUCGGUGGACGCGGUGGAGUGGGUGUUGGGGCGGCCGUGGCUGCUGGCCGUGCUGCACGCCAGCUGCGCCGCCGUCGUCUGGGACCUCACCUCCUCCUCCGCCGCCACGGCGUCGCCCGCCACGGCCGCCACGGCGUCGCCACGUGUCAUCUGGCGGUACGACGGGUCGGCGUCGGCGACGGGCGAGCUGCUGGUGUCGCUGGCGCCGGACCAUCACGACCCGCGGCGGCUGUGCGUGCACGGCUCCAAGGGGCUCGUCCUCGCGCUCCACGUCGCGCUGGGGGGCGCGGGCAAGGGGGGGGUGGGGGGAACGGGGGGCGGGGGGAGUAGCGGGGGGGUAGCGGGCAAGGAGCGGAGUGUGAGCAUCAAGUCGACGACGCUGCAGCUGCCGCUGCCAGAGGGCAGCGGGGGAGGGGCUUCGGCGUCCGUGAUAGCGUGUGCGUUCGCGCCGCACACGCGCGACCUGCUGUACGCCCUGAUGCCACGCGACAUCGUGUGCUACGACCUCCACUUCGGCUGCGCCGUCGCGUCCAGCGCCGUGCCGCGCUCGCUGGCGCGCCUGACGCGGCUGCUGCUGCCGCCCAGCAGCGACGUGCUGUACUGCCUCCACGCCGACGGCAAGCUCUCCAUGUGGCAGCGCAAACCCGGCCGCCAGCUGUACGUGAUUCGCACAGUCGAGCCGCUGGUGCCGCUGCCCGGCACGGCGCCCCCCUCGCCGGGCAUCCUGGCGGCGGUGCUGUGGCCGCAGCCGUUCCGCGAGGCGCAGCUCGUGCUGCAGGCCGUGCCCGCGACCACACCGCGCCCCAACGGCAGCCUGGGCGGCGGCGUGGCGGCGGGGGUGAGCGCGCACGGCGUGAGCAGCUGCCAGGUGGUGUGCGUGAGCGACGACUGCAAGCUCUGGCACUGGCUCGCCAGCACCUCGCCCACGGCAGGGGGGCAGGGCGCGCAGGGGGACGCGGAGAAGGGGGAGGGCGGGGAGGGCGGGGCAAGGGGAGGACGGGGGAGUGGGGAAGGCGGAGGGGGGGCAGGAGAGGGGAGCGCUGGAGAAGGAGCGAGUGGGGCUGGUGAUGGAGUGGAGGUGUCGAUGAAGCUGGAGUUGCUGGGGAUGUUCCACGGCUUCUCGUCCGCGCCCACCACACUCUCCGUGCCUGCGCCCUCGCUCUUCUCCUGCGUGCCAGGCCUGAGCACGGCGACGGGGUCGCUGCCAGCAGCAGCGGUGCCGCUGGUGGCGGUGGCGACGCAGGAGGGCAGCAUUGAGCUGGUGGACACGGCGGUGCACGCCAUUGCCGCCUCCUUCCACCUGCACGACUCCAUGGUGCGCGGCGUGCGCUGGCUCGGCAACACGCGCCUCGUCUCCUUCUCCUUCACCGAGGCCAAGGGUGGCGGGUACGAGAACCGUGUGCUGGUGACAUGCAUCCGCAGCGGCGAGUCGCGUCCCUUCCGCCAGCUGCAGCAGCCCGACAAGUCGCCCAUGCGCGGCCUCAGGGCCUCGCCCUCUGGCAGGUACCUGCUGAUUCUGUUCCGCGAUGCGCCGGCGGAAGUGUGGGCCAUGACGCGAACCCCGCAGAUGCUUCGGUCCCUGGCACUGCCGUUCACCGUGAUGGAGUGGGCCCUGCCGCCCGUGCACAGCCCCACACUGCUGGACCCACACUCCGCCACACAGAGGCAGAUGCAUGACGACGACUUCCCUUCGUCGCCCACGUCAGCGGCGCUGUUGGCGGCCACGCCGCGGUCGGCGUCGGACCCCAUCGAGUCGUUUGCCUUUGCGCUGGUCAACGGGUCGCUGGGCGUCUUCGAGCUCCGAGGGAAGCGAGUCCGCGACUUCAGAUCCUAACUAGCACGGCCCUAUGCCGU